GUCAGCGCCUGGUCGUGUUUGAACCACACUGAUGGAAACGCGCCUGAUGAAAAAGUAGCCGAAAUUUUAAACUCCUGUCAGCGGUGAAGGUGGGCUCCCAGUGGACUGUACACCACCAGAAGACAACACACGGUCCUACAUGGCUGCUCAAACACUUCAACAGCCCAGUUUCUUACUGGCCAAUCUGAAAGCAGAUGCCACCACCAAACCUCUCCUCCAGCGAUGCCAAGAUCUCGUGAAAAUCAUCGAUGAAUAUCCCGCAAAGGAGCUGCACUUGAUUUUCCCCUGGCUGGUGGAGAGUGUGUUUGGCAGUUUGGACGGCAUCAUCGCCGGCUGGAACCUGCGACUCCUGCAUUCGCGGAGCAACGAGUACAACAUCGUGAUGGAGUUUCUGAACCCCAGUGGGCCGAUGAUGAAGCUGGUGUAUAAACUUCAAGCUGAAGAGUACAAAUAUGAAAUACCCAUCAAUUAUCUCCCGGGUCCUGUGAAGGCGUGUAUCCAGGAGGGAGUUCUCCCAGACUGUCCGCUGUUUCACAACAAGCUGCAGUUCCCCCUCUCUGGUCUGCUGACUCUGAACCUCGCUCUCAAUCCAUUUGAAUUCUUCAUGUUCAAUUUUGCCUACUGUCUCAUCACGCCAAAGAAUUACCCUCCAGGCCAACAUGGGAGCUCCACUGACACCGCCUACUUUGUGCUCGUGGACACUUACCUCAAAUAUUUCCUCCCCAGUGAAGGAAGUGUCCCCCCCUCGCCUUACUCUGACUCCAGGGGCUCUGUCACUGCACCUUCACCCAGAUCUUCCAGUGUUUCCUUCGCUGGUUAUGGCGUUCACAGCCCCAGUCUCCUGAAACAUCACAUCUUCCAUCAACCAUCAGUAAACGCAGACCCGGCAGCCCAGGAGAUCUGGAGGUCUGAAACACUGCUGCAGAUGUUUGUGGAGAUCUGGCUCCAUCACUACUCCUUAGAGAUGUACCAGAAGCUGCAGUCUCCUCAGGUGAAGCUGGCGCUGCUGCAGUACCGCCUCAGUAUGUCCAGCAUGCCGUGCCAACCCUACGCCCCACCAGGCUCUGGGACCCUCCACACCUACCAAGUACUUUUACCUUUUCAUUCACCCCCGCCCCUCUGGGGCCUCCUGGAGGAACCCUUCAGCCCGUCAGAGGAGCACGUGCUGGUGGUGCGUCUGCUGGUCAAACAUCUGCACGCCUUCUCCAACAGCCUGAAGCCCGAGCAGCUGUCCUCCUCGCCCUCGGCGCACUCGCACACUCACACCAGCCCGCUGGAGGAGUUCAAGAGAGUGGUGGUGCAGCGGUUUGUGCAGCAGAAGCUGUACCUGUUUCUCCAGCAUUGCUUCGGUCACUGGCCUCUAGACGCCUCCUUCAGAGCGGUGUUGGAGACGUGGCUGAGCUACAUCCAGCCGUGGAGAUACACGGGGGAGAAGACCAAUCCUCCGCCAGACCAAAACAGAACCGUACCUGAAAAAUGGGAGUCGUUUGUUCAGGAGAACCUGCUCAUGUACACGAAGCUCUUCCAGGUGCUGUUGAACCGAGCCGUGAGGACGGAUCUGGUGAACGCCAAAAAUGCACUGAUGGUCUUCAGGGUGGCCAAAGUCUUCGCUCAGCCGAACCUCGCCGAGAUGAUCCAGAAAGGAGAGCAGCUGUUUCUGGAGCCAGAGCACGUCCUCCACCACCGCCAACCCCGCGGCUACCUGACGCCGAGCCAAGGAGGCAGCUACCUGUCGUCACGGCAACGGGUGGUGACGGACGUGGUGUUCAGGGUGAAGAGCCACGUCUAUGCUCUGGAGGGCCAGGACUGCCAGUACAAACAGAUGUUUGGCCCUGAGCUCAGAGGAGCCGUCCUGAAGUUAAUCCAGAUUAUUGCACAAGCCAGACAGACGGCCAAGAGGAUAUCGGAUCACUCCAACGAGGUGGCGGCCAACAACUCGUUCCUGUCCUGGUUCGGGAUGGGCUCCUCUGACCCCAACAACACCUUCCCCGGGGCCGAGCCAGAGGACAGCGGGGAGUGUUUGAAAAAGACUCACGAGUUCCUGGACAGAGCUUUGGAGAACUUGUGUCAAAUCUUCAAGCUGAACCAGGUGCAGCUGACUCAGCUCAUAUCUAACCUGGGCUCGUCCCAGGACGACGGAAACUGCAAACAGCUGCCAGACUGCAUCCAGGGAGAGAACGGACUCAUCCUGACCGACCUGGGCAGGAGUCAGAUCAUAAGUGGACUGCGCAGGUUUGACAUUCAUUAUCAGGGAGACCCAGAGCUGCAGCCCAUCAGGAGCUAUGAGAGCGCCCUGCUGGUCAGACUUUUCUACAAGAUCUCUUCUGUGGUCAAUGAGAGGUUCGGAGGACACAUGAAUGCUCUCUGCUCACGUACGGACUUCCUGGGUCGCCUGGGUCGUCACUACUUGGCGGAUACGGACUCCACCGCCAAACUGAGGCAGAGCCCGGUAACCCGGCGGACCUUAGAGAGGAACCGGCAGCCGAGGCUGAGCCUGCGCCCGCUGGCGAGCUACCGGACGUUACUGCUGCUGCUGCUGCUCUACGUGCUCGGGGCCCUCCUGUCGUUUGGCCCCGUCUCCAGCACGCUGCUCAUCCUCACCGGCGGCUUCCUGUACGGACUCUUUAUGACGCUGUUUGGAGACAAACUGAAAACACACUAGCCGAGCGGCGGGGUUCCUACACACCUCUGAAACACACACACACACACACACGAACACACACACUGAGUUCGAGUCCAGCUUUGAAUAAAACAUGUUUAUCGAUUAAUCAUUUUCUGUUUUAAAAUGGCCAUCACCGUUUCCUAAAGCACAAAUAGAUGUGAUCAGAUUUCUUGUUUUUUCUGUCUAAAACCUCAAAAUAUUCAAUUCAUCAUAAUGUAAAGUCAGAAAAAAGCAGCAAACGUUCACGUUUGAGGAACUUAACCCUUUGAAACCCGAAGCAACAUCGCUUUUAUGGUGCUGCUUUCAUAAGCCUUUACAGUCAUUUAAACUUCUGAAUCCUAAGAGGAUUUGUUGUGAUUUCUGUCAAAAACAUGAGAAAAAAAGACAAAGACCAACUUGGUUAGAAAUGCUACGAAUUUCAAGAAAUUUGUAGAUUUAGAAAAAAAUUUUUUUUAAAAGCUAGGGAAAAAAGAAA